CCGAGGAGCCCGCAGCGGCUCUUGGCUCAGAGCAGUCCGGGCUUGGAGAGCGGGCGGGCGCCCGGGGCAGGACCGGUGCAGGCGGCGAGGAGGCCGGAGGAAGCACGCAGGCAGCGGGGCGGCUGGGGCGCAGUAGCCGGCGGCGUCGGGGCCGCAGCUUCGGCCCUUGGUGCGCCUCUCGCACCGGGUCUCCGCGCCCAGGGCGCACGGCGGGCAGGGACGCUGCACUGGCUGCCAGGCGGCCAUGGAGCCCACCCCCUCUCCCGACGCCGAGCUGAGGCCCCUGAUCCUGGCCAACGCGUCGGACACCUUCCCCAGCACCUUCCCGAGCCCGAGCGCCAAUGCGUCGGGGCCGCCGGGCGCACGGAGCGCCUCGUCCCUCGCCCUGGCUAUAGCCAUCACCGCGCUCUACUCGGCGGUGUGUGCGGUGGGGCUGCUGGGCAACGUGCUCGUCAUGUUCGGCAUCGUCCGGUACACUAAGAUGAAGACGGCCACCAACAUCUACAUCUUCAACCUGGCCUUGGCAGAUGCACUGGCCACCAGCACGCUGCCCUUCCAGAGUGCCAAGUACCUGAUGGAGACGUGGCCUUUUGGGGAGCUGCUCUGCAAGGCCGUGCUCUCCAUCGACUACUACAACAUGUUCACCAGCAUCUUCACACUCACCAUGAUGAGCGUCGACCGCUAUAUUGCCGUCUGCCACCCGGUCAAAGCCCUGGACUUCCGCACACCUGCCAAGGCCAAGCUGAUCAACAUCUGCAUCUGGGUCCUGGCCUCGGGUGUUGGUGUACCCAUCAUGGUCAUGGCCGUGACCCGCCCCCGGGACGGGGCAGUGGUGUGCAUGCUCCAGUUCCCCAGCCCCAGCUGGUAUUGGGACACGGUGACCAAGAUCUGUGUGUUCCUCUUCGCCUUCGUCGUGCCCAUCCUCGUCAUCACCGUGUGCUACGGCCUUAUGCUGCUUCGGCUGCGCAGCGUGCGCCUGCUGUCAGGUUCCAAGGAGAAGGACCGCAGCCUCCGGCGCAUCACGCGCAUGGUGCUGGUGGUGGUGGGAGCCUUCGUAGUGUGCUGGGCUCCCAUCCACAUCUUCGUCAUCGUCUGGACGCUGGUGGACAUCGACCGCCGCGACCCGCUCGUGGUGGCCGCGCUGCACCUGUGCAUCGCGCUCGGCUACGCCAACAGUAGCCUCAACCCCGUGCUCUACGCCUUCCUGGACGAGAACUUCAAGCGCUGCUUCCGCCAGCUCUGCCGCACGCCCUGCAGCCGCCCGGAACCCAGCAGCUUCAGUCGCGCCCGCGAAGCCACUGCCCGCGAACGGGUCACCGCCUGCACCCCGUCCGACGGCCCUGGCGGUGGUGCCGCCGCCUGACCCGGCCGGGCAGGCCCGCCGUGCGCCCCUCCAGAGUAACCCUGUGGCACGCCAAGUUCUCAUGGGGGCGGGGGCCACGACGCGGA